UAUCAACACCUACAUCAGCUGCAGCAAGGGGAUUCAAUGGAGUCAGGGUGGGAGUCUGUGUCCAAAUCCUGCUCUCGCAUCGAAACCCUUCUAUCUCUUCUCCCUGAUUCAUUUUCAACCACCAAUUUUCUCUCCUCCCUGGUCGACUCUGAUCGCCCCGCCCGCUCUUUUUUGGACUCCUAUGAAGCCUACUUAGCCAUCUCAUCUGCUCUCUCCGGAUCCGGUGAUGACCCUCUUUGCCAAUGGCUGUAUGAUUCCAUUGUCCAGUCUUCUGAUCAUUUUGAAUCAGAUUUCUGUCUUUUGGUGGUGUCCUUGGUGCCUCUCAUUGCUGGCCUCUAUUUCUCCCACAUUCAUGCCUUCUCCACUGUCUCCCCCACCACUGUUGGAUGUCCUUCCCUCGCUGGGUUUGAGGCUGUUCUCUUGGCUUUGUACUCUUCUGAGAUUAAGUAUCGUGCCGGCAAACCCCUUCUCGUUUCCAUCCCAUCCUCUGAUUACCUUUCUCACCAUUCUUCCCUCUAUCACACCCCAACUCCUCAUCUACAACCGCCCUUUUCUUCUUCUCAUCAUAUUAAUAAUUAUUCUACAUCAUUCUCUACUUCUCCUUCACGUGCAUCCGGAAUUCAAGAUGGAAUUCGGGAAAUAAUCCUCUCUCCUCCUCUUGAUCCCCAAACGGGGAUCAAAUCCACCAAGCGUGCUUGCAUUGUUGGGGUAGCCUUCCAUCGCUUCUUCAGACAUAUCUCCCAAAUGCCUCCCUGGGCUAAAAUUGAUCUAUGCCGUUUUGUUGCUUCAUGGGCUAACGAUGAUUGUCCCUGUGCUCUUUCUUUUGACGUCUAUUCUACUACUACUUUUAACCAACAGGAUGAUGAUGGCAAUGCUGUCGCUGUCAGUGGGGAACCUGUUUCCUCUCCCACUAGUAGUAAUGGAGGCCUCAUUGCUCGACUCUCACACCCUCACCUAAAAGGAGCAGCAGGAAGAGAAACCAACCGUUUAGAGGCUAUAACUUGGUGGAAUAUUAACAGCAACAAUACCAACCAUUCCCAGAAUUCAUAUUCUUCUUCUGGGGGCCAAAGACACAGACAGGAGCAAGGAGGAGUGAGGAAUCCACUACCUUGGGAGCUGUUGCAGCCGGUGCUGAGAAUACUAGGUCACUGCCUUCUAGCUCCUGCACCUCUGGUUACCCAGGAGAUUAAGGAUAUUGCUUCUGUUGCAGUUAGGCGUCUCUAUGCCCGGGUUUCUCAUGAUCUGGAUCCUCGGGCUAUUCUGGCUACUCAAAGCCUGAUUCAGCUCGACAACCGUGCUCGUACUACUGUCAAGGCUGUUGCUCUGACCACUUUUUCUCCCAAACUCAACACCCCCAGAUCUAAGAAGCCUAAGGUACUCUUGGUCUCCAAGGGAUGAAGCAUGCAGGUCCCCGUGCCAUGCCCCCUCUUCUUAUUUAGAUAUUAUAUUCAUAUUAUGGUUGAUUUGAGGAUCAAUUAGAAGCUGUUAUUGAAAUGAAGGUAUGAAGGAUUGAUUGACAUCUGAUCUCAGUAAUUCUAUAUUUGGGAUGACGAACUUGGUAGUUAGUAGGACAGCAUGACAAGAAACAUGCAAAUGCAACAUAGUAGGUCAGCUUGAACUAUGUCAGCAAGGUAAAGGAUUGGGAAUUGGUCAUAAGCUUUCGCUGCUGUGCCAUUAGAGAGCAGAUAUAGUCGUACUCAGAUAGGUCUAAUAUAAUAGCUCCGUUGAUCAAGCCUGUGUAUAAUAGAUUUUAUGUUUGCAGUCUGACAAAGAUAUUGGAAUUUACUCUACACUUUGCCAGAAACAUUUUUGCAAAGUGUCUUA